UUGAUUUUUUUUAAAUUUUUUUUAAUUUUUCAAAACACCUCUCACAGUCUUAUGAUAUUGUAUGCAUAACUGCUGAUUGAGCAAUAAGGGCUGAUGCACUAUAGAGCAAGUCUAUACAAAUAUAACAAAGAGAAAUUAUGAACAACUAUCUUAUCACUUCUUCUGUAGAAAGUCAUCAUAAAUACUCUCUCAAAAGAUAUAGAGAAUGUUAAGAGUAUUAGGUGAGCACGUAAAAUUUGCUUAUAAAAUCACGUAACAGACUCACUAACAGUUUCAUAAAUGAAUAAAAUUGGCAAAACAUAAAUAUUUACAAAAGCCAAGUGAUAAGAUGUGAAGGUGUAAAUUACCCUCCAUAAGUAUUAGCGUUGCCCACAGCAAUACAGUUCCUUCAACGCCGCGAGUUCGUACAGAUCACCAUGAGUUUAGUGGGCAAAGUUGUAAUUGUAACCGGAGCGAGUUCGGGCAUUGGUGCUGCGACGGCAGAAGCUUUUGCCAAAGCAGGUUCCAAAGUGGUGCUCACAGGACGAAAUGCAGCGAAUUUGAAGGUUACCGAAGCGGCCUGUAAAGCUGCCAACAGCAAAGCCGAACUUCUAUUAAUCGCUGCUGAUGUCACAGUGGAUGCGGAACGCAUUAUAAACACAACAAUUGACCGUUUUGGACAAUUGGAUGUGCUGGUCAAUAACGCGGGUAUUUUUGAAGUUGGCAACAUAUUAGAUAUUGAAGUCGAUCAAUUUGAUAGAAUUUUCAAUACAAAUGUGCGUUCCGUCUUCCUUUUAACUAAAUUUGCAGCGCCACACUUGAUCAAGACCCAGGGCAAUAUCGUGAAUGUCUCUAGCGUCUCAAGUUUGCGUUCUAACCGUGGUAUGUCCGCCUAUUGCAGCUCGAAGGCAGCACUGGAUCAAUUCACUAGAUGUAUCGCCUUGGAUUUGGCGCCGCAAAAUGUACGUGUAAAUUCUAUUAAUCCCGGUGUUAUUGUGACCGGUAUUCAUAGAAGUCUUGGUUCAUCGCCGCAGGAACUUGACGAAUUUUAUGUGCGUUCUAAGGCAAUGCAUCCACUUGGUCGUGUUGGCGAACCAAGAGAGGUAGCCCAUGCUAUUAUUUUCUUAGCUAGUGACAGCACUAGUUUUAUAACGGGUGUAACUAUGCCCAUCGACGGUGGCAGACAUGCCCUCAGCUCUUUUUGAAUAUUGAUUGAAAUGCCGUUUUUUUUUAAAUUGAUAAAUAAAUUUGAAAUAUAAUUAACAAAAUUUACUAUGUGUCUUAAUAUUAAGUAAUUAACAUUAGUAACGGUUACUUUUACAUAUAUAUUGGGUAGCAGAAAAAGUUUUUUCGUAUAUCUACUGAAAUAUAUCGUAAUGAAAUGGAAAUAUAUAUGUAUUUUCUCAAGGCAUAACGAGCAGGAAUCACUUCAUCGCUGUCGAAUGAGUCUUGUUCUUUUAGAAGCCGCUUUUUUAUUCAUUUUUUCCUAUUGUCCG